GUGUUGCGCUGGUGCCAAACCUCUGGCUCUUUUCAGGACGCUCUUCCAUCCAGAGUAGAGCUGCUUCUGUCGCAGCCAGCUUUAUGCCCGAGGCUGAGCCCGGGAGAGAGAGCAAGGCGGCAGCCUGCACUCAUAUCCUCUUCCGUUCCCGCUUUGGACCUGGUGGUCGAGUAUGAACCGGCCCAUGGAAGGCGAAGUCCAUUAUUGAUGUAGCCAUCUCGCCCCGAGCAUCUAGCGCUUGAUCUGUUCGGGAAAGACGUGUCGGUAACGACAGAGGAUGGAAUGUUUGCGGAGGCGAAGUGUUCCGGGGUGAUCCCAAGUCUUUUGACAUGUUGAGGUCGUAUAGGGGUUCACAUGCGUUUCAAGUUUGGACUGAGUACGCACCCCGUCCCCGGCCCCACUCCUGACAUGGGAUCCCGAAUCGGACGAGAGGGAACGCGGCGAAAGCAGAGCCUUCCCUUCCAUGAUAGGAGCAGAAUAAGCCUUUCAGAGGGCACCUUCUGCUGGAGCGAUGCCAGGCCUCAAGGUCUCCACAGUAAGCCUGGGCCAUGCAGGAGGCUGACCUGCCAAACCUCCACAGAAGCAUUGGGGUUCAUGAAAACUCUCAGGACUGAAGGAGCAGCUCUGGCUCUUCUCUGAGAGGGACACUAGGUGAUGGCACCCGUGCUCCUCACUGCCUGGCCCCAGGGCCUCAUCCAUGGAAUUGGCCCUAGGGCAGCAGGAACCUGUUGUUUCAGAAGUUGGUGACCUUUGAGGAUGUGGCUGUGUACUUCACCGAGACGGAAUGGGAUGGCCUGUCCCCCGCACAGAGAGCCUUGUACAGGGAUGUAAUGCUGGAGAAUUAUGGGAAUGUGGCCUCCCUGGGGUUUCCACUUCUCAAGCCUGCUAUGAUCUCACAACUGGAGAGAGGUGGUGAGCUGAAGGGCCCAUCUCCACUGGCCACUGGAACUGGAACAGGCUCGCAGGGCCUCUGGCCUGUAGAUACUGACAUACAGACAAACAGUAAUUUGACAAAGAAAAUACAUGAAGAAAAGGAUGGCACAUCAUUUGAACUUCCAAGGGACAUUUGCCUGAAAACAGACUUUUCAGAAACAUAUAUGCCACAGCAACAACAAGAAGUCAGUUCAGCAGGAAAGGUAAAGAAGGAAAACAGAAACAGCAUGGAGGGCGCAGUGAAGGAUGAAACAAGCUCUAUGGAGGAGUGUUCCUUUAGUCACAGUGCAAGCUUUCUUCAGCAUCAUAGUAUCUCCACUGAACAGCAGCCCUCUGGUUGUUUAAGACUAAUGAAAGCUUUCAGCUUUGACACAGAACUUAUUAAGCAUGAAAUAAUUAAUACUGUGGAAAGACCUAUGAAAUGUGAAGAUUUAGUGGAAACCUUUAGAUUUGACUCUCAACAUAAUCAGCAUCUAGAAAACUGUAGUGAGAAGAAGGCUAAUCAGUGUGUGGAGUGUGGCAAGGCCUUCAGUGUUAUCACAGAAUUAAUUUGGCACCAAAGACUUCACAAUGUGGAGAAACCCUUCAAAUGUGUGGAGUGUGGGAAGUGCUUUAGUUACAGUUCCCAUUAUAUCACACAUCAGACAAUCCACAGUGGAGAGAAACCCUAUCAGUGUAAGGUUUGUGGGAAAGCCUUUAGUGUUAAUGGGAGUCUUAGUAGGCAUCAGAGGAUCCAUACAGGAGAGAAGCCCUAUCAGUGCCAGGAAUGUGGAACUGGUUUUAGCUGUAGUUCGGCAUAUAUUACACACCAGAGAGUCCACACUGGAGAGAAACCUUAUGAGUGCAGUGACUGUGGAAAAGCUUUCAAUGUUAAUGCAAAAUUAAUUCAGCAUCAGAGAAUCCACACUGGAGAGAAACCUUACGUGUGCGGUGAGUGUGGGAAAGGCUUCAGGUGCAGCUCUCAGCUUAGGCAGCAUCAGAGUAUCCAUACUGGAGAGAAGCCCUAUCAGUGUAAAGAGUGUGGAAAAGCUUUCAAUAAUAAUGCAAAACUCAUUCAGCAUCAAAGAAUACACACUGGCGAGAAACCCUAUGGAUGCAGUGAAUGUGGAAAAGCCUUCACUGUCAAAGGGAAGUUAAUUCAGCACCAGAGAAUCCACACUGGUGAGAAACCAUAUGGAUGUAAUGAAUGUGGGAAAGCCUUCAGGUGUAACUCUCAGCUUCGACAACAUCUGAGGAUCCAUACUGGGGAAAAGCCUUAUAAGUGUGAUGAGUGUGGAAAGGCUUUCAGUGUUAAUGCAAAACUAAUACAGCACCAGAGAAUCCACACCGGAGAGAAACCAUUUGAAUGUAAUGAAUGUGGGAGAUGCUUUACUUCCAAAAGAAACCUACUUGAUCAUCACCGAAUCCAUACCGGAGAAAAACCUUAUCAGUGCAAGGAAUGUGGCAAAGCAUUCAGUAUCAAUGCCAAGUUAACUAGGCAUCAGCGAAUACAUACUGGAGAGAAACCUUUCAAAUGUAUGGAGUGUGAAAAAGCAUUCAGCUGUAGUUCUGACUAUAUUGUGCACCAGAGAAUUCAUACUGGAGAGAAACCUUUUCAGUGUAAGGAAUGUGGGAAAGCCUUCCAUGUUAAUGCCCAUUUAAUUCGGCAUCAGAGAAGCCACACGGGGGAGAAACCUUUCCGAUGUGUGGAGUGCGGCAAAGGCUUCAGCUUUAGUUCUGACUGUAUUAUACACCAGACUGUCCACACGUGGAAGAAACCUCAUGUGUGUACUGUUUGUGGGAAAGCUUUCAGGUUUACCUUCCAACUUGGUCAGCAUCAGAGUGUCCAUAAUAAAGGCAAGUCUUAGUAGUGAGACGAAGGUGGGAACUCUGAAGGUUAAUGCUGAAAUGGAUUAUGCAUCAUCAGAUUCGCCCUGGAGAAAUACUCUGGAAGGGAAAUGGAUAUGGCAAAGUCUUCACAUGGAAACAUUUUUUUUGUUUUAUUUAAUUUUUAAUCAAGAAUGUAUCACCAGUUAAAUAUCUAAAAAUAAUAAAUGACUUUAUUUUGUACUAACAACCAACUAGAAAAUAUUGAAGAAAAUACCUUCCCAGCAGCAUCAAGAACAGUAGAUUUGCUAGGAACAAAUAAUUGUUUUAUGAAACCUAUAUGGUGAAAAUUAUAAUUCUUCACCAAGGGCUGCCAGAGGAAGCUUGAAUAAAUAGAAGGGAAAAAUGUGUUCUUACAUAGAAAAGUCCAUAUGACAUAGAUAUUUGCUGUACCUAAUUUAUUUCUGUUUAAUUUUUAGUAUAAGCAUGUGUUUUGUAAAGACGAAAAACAAAAUUUCACUUGAGUGAAAUACAAAAUGUUUCAAAGUAUCAGAUGAAUGCUAGAAACAAAAUACUGAUAAAUUGAACAUUCAAAUUUAUCUUUAAUGGUUUUGUUUUAAAUACUCCCAAAUAAAGCUAAAAGGGUAAAACAGAAGUUGGAAAUUUUGUAAAAUUUAUGAUAUAAAAGUAUAUGUAAUGUACAGAGGUUUUACAGUUAAAAGGAAGAUAAAUAGGUUAAUAAAAAUCAGCAAGUGACACUAACAAACAGCUUUUAAAAAUGUAAAAAUAACUAUCAAGGUAAAAGUGGUGUUCAUCUCAGUGGUACUCCAAGGAGUAAAAACUAAGAUUUUUUUUUCACAUAUUUGCUGUGUGUUUUAUCUGUGCCUAUAGACUACUCUCAAAAAUGGCAAUUACUGUAGAUACCCUUUCUGUAACCUAUAUGUACCUGUUAUGUAAAUAUAAACACCAUAGUAUGUUAAAGCAUUCUUAUUUUGUAGUAAUGAACUCCUCUACAAACAUAAUUCUUUUUAUUUUUUAAUUUUUAAAAAUUUUUUUAUUUUGAAAUGCAAAACAAGGGAUAGAAGUUAUACAGAAUUUAUUAAAAAUAGGAAAUUAAUAGUUAAUAUAUUGCAUGUUGUUACCUUAGAAGUUAUUCAGGUUAUAAGAUUCAGGCAUAAAGUGAUCAGACAAUGAAAACAUAAACUUUUUGAUGUACUAACAGAGCUUAGUGGUAUAGUUAUCUAUCUAGUAUAUAUAUGCAUACAUAUAUAUGUAUACCUAUAUACAUUUACUCUUUUCCCUUCCUUUCCCCUAUCGCAGUUGUUCUUUCAUUUUGAGCACUUUAUUUUCCUUUGAUUAUCACAAUAUCUUUUGUACAUUUUGGAUCUUCUUACUUUGAGUUUUUUUAUACAUGGAACAAUACAGUAUUUAUAAAUGUGAGUUUGAUUUAUUUCACUUAUGAGUGUAGUCUCAAGUUGCCUCCAUUUACCUAUAAAAGCCUUAAGUUUAUCCUUUAUAGUUGCAUAAUAUUCAAUUAUAUAAAAAUACCACAUCUUUUUUUAUCCAUUCCACGGUUGAUGGGCAUUUGGGUUAUUUCCAAUAUUUAGCUGUUACAAAUUAUGCUGCUGUAAAUAUUGGUGCACAAAUAUCGCUGUAUUGAAGACCUGAAAGAAGCUAUUUACCUUGGAUUCCUACUCAAGUGCUUGUCAAGGUCUCUGGCUUUUGGAAGUCUCAAGAUACCCUUCCAAUGAGCAUCUGCUCCUUUAAAGCAAUAAAUAAGUGAAGUUGCUUUGAAUGACAGUAAGUGGUGAUGGUGGAGGAUUGAAGAAUGCAUGCCCUGUGGAAAGAGGGCAGCCUCUGCAACAGCUGCAAGUUGUAGUGGGGCCUAGAGUAGGAUUAAGUUUUCAAAAAGUCAGAAAUUGAGCUUACAGAGUCUGAAAAAUGGGCCAGGAAUAUAGCUUAGUGGCACAAGCUCCUGCCUGGCAAGCUUGAGUUUGAUCUCAGGUACCAAAAAACAGCAACAACAAAAUCUGUCUUUCUCCCCUCCCCCAAUUGAGGUUAAGAUUGAUUGCUCCAGAAGCCUUAAACAGUUAAGCAGAAGUCCAUUUCUAGGUAAUAAUUUUCUGGAAUCUUAUAAAAGGUUCUAUGUGAACUCUUGAUAGAGAUAAACAUAUAAAGGAAAAUGGAUCAGCUGUUAAUGGGCAUAAAGGAAAACAGCACUUCCCAGUGCUCAGUGUGUGUUUCUGCAACUUGAAAUUCUUUUGUGGACACUGUGUCUUAGAAUUGAAAUUAUUCCUAACAACCAAGAGUAAAUGUAAACCCUACAGUUUAAGGGUUCAGUGCCCCUUUCCCCUAUGGUAACAGUCACAGUAGUAGAUCUGCAGGUUACUCACACUUCUGUCUGUCUUGGCUACAAAUUGAGAGUUUUGACUCAGGUUCAAUAAUUUCCUAUAAGAGACAAGACUUACAGAAAUUACCAGUUAUUAUGGACAUUGUAAAGGUUCAGAUAAGCAGAUGAGUUAGGGCAAGGUCCAGAGGGCAUCCCAAAUGCCCCUAAGGAAUUGAGGUGUACUGCCCUGUCUACCUGUGCAUGAGUCAUACCCCCUAACCUCUGUAAACCUAAUUGGUUUUGGUCUUUACAGAGAUUGCAUUAUGUACCGUGGUGGGUUAAAUCAUUGGCUACCAAUAAAUAAUUAAAUCUGUCCUUCCUAAA